AUAAGAGUAGGCGCGGAGGCCACCAGCCACACUCGAAGUAGACGCCGCCAUGUUGACAUCAGCUGUACUCCUGUUCGUCGUGGCCCACGCUCUGGUCGAGGGCCGUCCCAACCCGGGAAUACUCUUCCACGACGAGGAAGAUCUGGGAGUCGGUGACCUCUUGGCCAGCUUCGGGGAGGCUCUCUUCUCCAUACCCGACAACAAGACCGGCCUUGCUGUAGCCAACUGGAACACCUCGAGCCCUCACAACGUCGAAGAGCUGGGAUCGUAUCCUGAGGGAGACAUCAUAUUCCCCCGACCUCGAGCAAGGAAUGGCCUAAAAGCCACUUCGGCCCGGUGGCCGGGAGGUCGUGUACCAUAUGUCAUCGGUGCGUCUUUCUCCUCGCAUGACCUGUCCAUGAUAGAGGCCGCAAUCCAGGAGUACCACAAGCGAACAUGCGUCAGAUUCGUACCGCGAUCUUCGGAGAUGGACUACAUCGUGAUCACGAGCGGGCCGACCGGGUGCUGGAGCUCGGUGGGGAGGAUCGGCGGGGCCCAGGAGCUGAACCUGCAGUCGCCGGGCUGCCUGGUCAAGAAGGGCACCGUCAUGCACGAGAUGAUGCACGCCCUGGGCUUCCUCCACGAGCAGAACAGGUGGGAGCGCGACCAGUACGUCACCGUCAACUUCCAGAACAUACAGCCAGGACGCGAAUCGAACUUCGACAAGGCCAAGAAGUCUGACACAGACUCGAUGGGGAUCAGCUACGAUUACAAGAGCGUGAUGCACUACUCGGCGAACGCCUUCUCUUCUAACGGACAGCCCACCAUCGUGCCCAAGCAGCCCGGCAUCGAGCUCGGCCAGAGGGACAACGCCUCCAAGCAGGACAUCCAGAAGAUCAGGAGGAUGUACAGGUGCAAGAAGGUUCACUGAUCUCGCCUCCGCUUCCUUUUGGCAACCACCUUUCUUAUUUAUAAUUUUAUCUUACAAAAAGGCUGAUUUUUUUUACACAUUUACUAUAUAAAACUUUUUAUACACAAUACAUACUUUUUAA